AUGGCUUCCUAUGAACUAUUAUAUGGAAGAAAGUGUAGAUCUUCCAUUGACUGGGAUCAGACAGGGGAGAGAAAAUAUCUUGGUCCGGAAUCAGUACAACAGACUUAUGAAGCAAUUGAGAAGAUUAAAGCCAAAAUGCUUGCUUCUCAGAGCAGGCAAAAGAGUUCUGCAAACCCGAAACGCAGAGAUGUAGAAUUUCAAGUAGGGGAUCAUGUGUUCCUACGGGUGUCUCCCAUGAAGGGGAUUAAGCAUUUCGGGAAAAGAGACCCUGCUCAUGUACUUAGCUAUGAAAAUCUUGAGCUGCAACCAGACAUGUCUUAUGAAGAACAACCAAUUCAGAUCUUGACAGAAAGGAUAAGGUCUGGAAAGUUUGGUUGGGGAAAAUCAGCUUACUGGUUUUACAAUUCUUGUAAAAUCGGCUACCCGAAUUUGGCAGCAGGGAAACUCGAAAAUUUAGCUUGUCGUUUCGCGUCAGUUUCAGGUUUCUAG